AUGGGCGGUGCUUGGCAGAGGAAUCAAACCAGCAACCUGGCGCUUUGUGACGUCCUCCAGGGCUUUUCCCCACCGGUGCUGAGACGGAGGACGGUCCAGUGUGUGUCGGAGGGGCGGGAGACGGACGUGGACGACGGCGUUGCUCCAGGGCACCUGCUGCCCUAUGAGCUGGAGCUGGGAGCCACUGUGUCCCUGGAGACUCUGGUCCAGCACGUGUCCUACAUGGACAGGAGGCCGUCGGUCCCGGAGCACUGGGCUCUGCUGCCACAGGGUCCGGCGCUGGCGGAGCUGCUGACGGACUGCUGGGACGCCGAGCCAGACGCCCGGCUGUCCGCUCAGUGCGUGGUGGACCGGCUGAUGUCCCUCCAGUCCCGGAGCUCCGCAUGA